AUGACGACAUCCUCAACACGGGACCAGAUGGCAUCUCUACCUAUGUCAUACCAGGAGAUCAUGAUACCCACUUCAUGUGCAAUGAUGAUUGGCUUCGCGUCGGGUGCGACGACAUCGGGAAAACUAGCUGGCUACCAAUUCAUGGUAGAGAAUCUCCAUCGUCUCCCUCAAACACGCAGCAACUGGUUCUUCUUCCAAAAGACCAAAAACUAUAAGGUCAUCCUCGGAGGAUUCAAGGGCGGCCUGAAGACCGGGGCCAAGCUCGGCGCUUGGACUGCUGGAUUUUGCACCCUCAAAGAAGCCUUCACUCUCGUCCCUGCUCUCGAGCGUCGCAAGUCCCUGGCAGGUGCUCUCAGCGGAUUCAAUAUUGCACUCGGCGCCUCUCUAUUUUGUACGCAGCUUGUUUUGAUAGCUUUUUCCUCGUUAAUGGAACCAAGAUCAUUGAUUUAUCAUCAAUUCACCAGACCGAUUAAGACCUACAAUAUCUCCACAACGGUUACUACUAGGAACUCUCAUGGGUCUCUGCGCUGGCUUGGCCGAGGAUAUGAAAUCUCAUCUACAGGAGGAAAACCCACCGCUACCGGAAACAACCUAAUCAUAUCUUCGUGUCAAGCGCUAUACAUGGGGACAAGAAGCCUACGUAGCUAA